UGUUGUUGGACUAAGGGAUCUGAACAAAUAUACUUUACUCUUAUGAGCUCUUCUGGCUCAUGGACACCGCUAGCAACCGUGGGUGUUUUAGGUCCCCAGUAUCUUCCAGUUAGAUGGUGGCAUUCUUCACGUCCUCUUCAAGAUGACUCCAUAGUUGAAAAGUCACUGAAGUCCUUAAAGGACAAAAACAAGAAGUUAGAAGAAGGUGGUCCUGUAUAUAGUCCAACAGAAGUGGAAGUUGUGAAAAAAUCUAUUGGACAGAGGAUUGUGGACGAACUGAAGCACUAUUACCAUGGUUUUCGAUUACUGUGGAUUGACACAAAAAUAGCUGCAAGGAUGCUCUGGCGAAUACUUCAUGGAAACACUUUGUCUCGUCGAGAACGGAGACAGUUUCUUCGAAUAUGUGCUGAUCUUUUCCGCUUGGUCCCUUUCCUAGUUUUUCUUGUUGUCCCAUUUAUGGAAUUUUUGCUUCCAGUAGCUCUUAAGUUGUUCCCCAAUAUGCUUCCUUCUACAUUUGAGACGAAGUCUAAAAAGGAGGAAAGAUUGAAGAAAGAACUGAGAGUAAAGCUUGAAUUGGCUAAAUUCCUUCAAGACACAAUUGAGGAGAUGGCCUUAAAAAAUAAAGCAGCCAAAGGAAAUGUUACAAAAGAUUUUUCAACGUUCUUUCAAAAGAUCAGGGAAACUGGCGAAAGACCCAGUAAUGAGGAGAUCUUAAGGUUCUCUAAGCUGUUUGAAGAUGAGUUGACUCUGGACAAUCUAACCAGGCCUCAGUUGGUGGCACUUUGUAAAUUGUUGGAACUUCAGUCAAUUGGGACAAAUAACUUUCUCCGCUUCCAGCUGACUAUGAGGUUGAGAAGCAUAAAAGCAGAUGACAAACUGAUUGCUGAAGAAGGAGUUGAUAGCCUGACUGUUAAAGAACUGCAGGCAGCUUGUCGUGCCCGAGGUAUGAGAGCUCUUGGUGUGACAGAGGAGCGUCUUAAGGAACAGCUUAAACAGUGGUUAGAUCUGCACCUGAACCAGGAAAUCCCUACUUCGUUGCUUAUUUUAUCCAGAGCCAUGUAUCUUCCAGAUACCCUUUCUCCAGCUGAUCAGCUCAAAACAACACUUCAGACACUACCAGAGAGUGUUGCCAAAGAGGCUCAAGUCAAAGUGGCAGAAGUUGAAGGUGAAAAAGUAGAUAACAAAGCACGGCUGGAAGCAACACUUCAGGAAGAGGAAGCCAUCAGGAAAGAAAAUGAAGAAAAAGAGAUGGAAAGAAUGUCUGAAGCUGCAGAGAAAGCCAAAGAAACCCUUCAAGUUGUAGCCAUGAUGGCUAUGGAUACUGAACACGAACUGGCAAGGGCAGAUACGGCAAUGCACUCAGAGACACUGAAAGAUACAGCACCAGUGUUGGAAGGUAUUAAGGGUGAGGAAAUCACUAAGGAGGAGAUUGACAUGCUGAGUGAUGCUUGCACCAAGCUGCAGGAACAGAAAAAAUCACUAACGAAGGAAAAGGAAGAGCUCGAAGAAUUGAAGGGUGAUAUCCAGGAGUAUAGCGAGGAUUUGCAAGAGAUAAAAGAGCUCUCUAAAACUGGCCAAGAAGAGGUAGUUGAAGAGUCAAAGGCAAGCAAGCGAUUGACGAAGAGGGUGAACCGAAUGAUUGGUCAGAUAGACAAAAUUAUUAAUGAAUUAGAAACAAGUCAAAAGAUGGUGGAUGUAAAGCUGGACAGUGGUGAUAGUCCUCCUGCUGGCGAGAAUCUCAUCAGUAUUGCUGAGCUAAUUAAUGCGAUGAAACAAAUUCAGAAGAUUCCAGAGGAGAAGCUAACUAGGAUUGCAGAGGCACUAGAUGAAAACAAGGAUGGCAAAAUUGAUAUAGAUAAUGUUGUUAAGGUAGUAGAAUUAAUUGACAAAGAAGAUAUUGAUAUUGGCACCAGUCAGGUUGCUGAGAUUAUGGCACUGCUUCAAAAAGAAGAAAAACUGGAAGAAAAAGAGAAAGCAAAGGAAAAGCAUGAUAAAGAAGCUGCAGAAGCAAAGAAUUAAGCUUCAGAAUCUGUAGCUAAUCCCAAUUGUAACCACAACCUUGUAUAUCUUUCUGUGUCUAACGGCUACAUAUUACUUGAGCUUUUGUGAUUAUGGGAAGUGUUUUGAGCUGAUUAUAGUAAUAAAUCAUAGUUACGUUUUCUGACAUAUGGAAUGAAAUUUCCGUUUAUCAAAGAAGCAAUUUACUGUCAUUCCAUAGAGAUGAAAACAAAAUAUGCUUCUUUAGCUGUGCUCCUGCCCACAAAAUCAUGUAUUUGCACUCAUUGUUGUGGUACAGUGAUCCAUUAAACUUGCAAGUUUGCUGUAUAAAUUAAGUGUAUCUAUCAUGGAAAAAUGUUUCUCAUUUAUUUCCUUUGAUCAUUACAUGGGGCCCAACCUUGCUCUGCUUCUUCCUUUUAGCUUUUUCAGAAUUUAAUACAAACUUUCCCUUCCAUUACAAUAUUACAUAUUUUGUAACAUGUUAGUGAAGAUUCUGUGGCAUCAGUAGUAGCUCUUUAGAUUGAGUUUUAUUUAAGCUAGGUAUCACAAAGCUGUUGCCUCACUGACAGAGAAUGUGGCAUUCUAAUCACUUUUACGAAUUCAGGAUUAUUAUUUUUUUUCUGUUGAAGGGAAAAUGAUAUUUAUUUUUCCCUAGAAUGGAAACUUCCCAUGAAGUUUGCUUCUUAUGGGUGCCUUAAAUUUCUUAAGACUAGGGAGUAGAGGAUGUCACUUCUACUCAAAAUUCCAUGAAUUACUAAAGCAUUGGAAUCACAGGAGCCUUUAAACUAGUUUCAGAACACAAUCUGUCACACAGUAAAGUGAGUUAAAGUGUUUGUCUAAAUAGCAAAAUGAAAAUAAUCAUAAGGGGAAUAUGUCAGUUGUGAUAUUUUGCAUAUAUUUUUACAAAUGCGGUUAUCUUAGCAUGUUUGGUUUUUUUCAUCUGAUAAUUAUUCACACCAUAACUAGUUCUCUUACCUCUCAAUUUUCAUCUCAGGUAUAAAAUCACUAACCAGGUAUAGUCAAAGUACAUAAACAACUUUCAUCUCAUGGCCUUGCUUACUGUGCAGUCAAUAAGUCAUGUCUGCUAUUGCCAGUGCUUUGAUUACAUCAUUGGCUUUCUAAUUAAUUGAUUAUAGUUACUGUCUUUAACUGUGUAAUUAAAUACUGACAGUAGGUCAAGGUUUACUCAUUAAUGUCUGUCCUUAGUAGUGAAUUUUUAAGUUUAAAAACUAAGCUACCAACUCUGGGAUGUUCCAUAAUUCCUGGUAGACUAAAUUUUCCACUCUUUCUUAAAAUUUGUUAUGAAAUACACAUAGUGUGAUUUGAACCAGCAGGGUUGUGGUUUGGUUUUUUUAUUUUAUUUUUAUUUUGCACCCAGCAUUAUAAAAUAUAUGAACAUUCUUGAUUUUGUGUUCACUCUAAGAGCGCACAUCUUAUAAUGGCACUGUACACAGUGAUAUUAAGGUGGGCAGUUAGUACUUAAUGCUUUUAGUCAUAGCUGCAUAUUUUUGUAGAAAAUGUUGACUCCCAAGCAUAUUUCAGCAUAAUUCCAUGUUCAAUGUUUAUCUAGAUUGGCUAAAUUGUUUGUAAAAACUCAUUUGAAGUUAGUGGAACAAAAAACGUUUUGACAGUCUCAUGGCUUGCAUGAUGGACCAUUGUAUUUAGUUGUUUCCAGAGCAAGAUGUAUAGUACAAUUAAUUCUAGAAAAAGGGUCAGUGUUUAGUUCAAGUAUUGAGUUAAUAUUUUGUACAGUUUGCAAAGAAAGCUGUUUGCAGUAAGUGAGAUCCUCCUGAGAAUUACUGUAAUUGUAUCUGAAGUGUGAAAUUGCUGUGACAAAGCUGAAAUUUCAAAUCAGUACAAUCUUUGUAGUUAAUGUACCCCUAAACAAGGGGCCUGUUCUCCUUGUAAUCGAGAUUAACUUGGAGAUUUCAGCAUGAAAGUCAGUUUCACAUGAAGUCAGACUUCACUAGGUGCUUUUUUUAGGCCAAAACUUAUCUUGGAUGAAAAUGCAAGAGUAAAACUAAUUUAACAAAAAUACAAUUUAAAAACUAAUUUUACAUUGUAUAAUUUACAAUUAGAAUUAAUGGGCUAAAUUUUGCAGUUGCAUAUCUUCAAUUUGAAAACAAUGUAUAACAAUCUUACUUGACAUUCCUGAAACAUGAUAAAGAUACUCUAAAAUUAUCUGCUACUUUUCAUGGAAUAUCAAAAACCUAAGAAUUGUAUGCACCUGAAUGCAUGCAAGUUUAAAACAGGGAAGUAGCAGGAAAAGCUGUUUUCAAAGAUUUAUUGAUUAAAGUUUUACAGAGCUUUAACUGUCCUUACAGUAAAUUAUCUGAUUGUAGUAUUUGGGAGUCUAAGACACUUCGCUGCUGUUCUUUUU